GCUCAAAGGGGGCGCGAGGCAGGCACGCCCGGCGGUUGCCGGCGCGUGGCUGCUGAGGUUGGCGGCUGUAGUGCCGCGCGCCCGACUGACCGGUAGUUGCGGGGCCUCCAGCCUCGCUCCGGGCUGCGGGCAGCCGUGGCGGCCACCGGCGACCGCAAGGGGCGGAGGAAAGCUGGGGGCGGAGGGGGGCGGCCUCGACACGCAGAGGAACUGCAGGGCAUGCCCCGAGACAACAUGGCCUCCCUGAUCCAACGGAUCGCCCGCCAGGCGUGCCUCACCUUCCGGGGCAGCGGGGGCGGCCGCAGCUCUUCCGACUUCGGCGAGGCGCCAGGCCCGGAGGCGCCGAUACCGCAAGGCUUCCCGGAGAACCUGAGCAAGCUGAAGAGCCUGCUGACCCAGGUCCGCGCGGAGGACCUGAACAUCUCUCCGCGUAAGGCCACGCUGCAGCCGCUGCGGCCCAACCUGCCGCCCGUCACCUAUAUGCACAUCUGCGAGACCGACGGCUUCAGCCUCGGCGUGUUCCUGCUCAAGAGCGGCACCUCCAUCCCGCUGCACGACCACCCGGGCAUGCACGGCAUCCUCAAGGUGCUCUAUGGGACCGUGCGCAUCAGCUGCAUGGACAAGGUAGAGGUGGGCAGCGGGCAGCGGCCGCGGGCCCCGCCACCAGAGCAGCAGUUCGAGCCGCCUCUGCAGCCCCGGGAGCGGGACGCGGUACAGCCGGGCGUGCUGCGCUCUAGGGCAGAGUACACGGAGGCCAGCGGCCCGUGCUUCCUCACGCCGCACCGGGACAACCUGCACCAGAUCGACGCUGUGGACGGGCCCGCCGCCUUUCUGGACAUCCUGGCCCCGCCCUACGACCCCGACGACGGCCGGGACUGCCACUAUUACCGAGUGCUGGAGCCUGUCAGGGCCAAGGAGGCCUCCGGCUCGGCCUGUGACCUGCCCCGAGAAGUGUGGCUCCUGGAGACCCCGCAGGCCGAUGACUUCUGGUGCGAGGGGGAGCCUUAUCCAGGUCCCAAGGUCUUCCCUUGAAGCCGCCGGCGCCCUAAAGCGGUGGGCCGAACACUUGCCCUACUCAGAUCUAGGCUUGGCUGGCCGCGACCCCAUCACAAGGGCUUUCUUCCUUCCCCCGGCCUGGGUGUUGGAUCUACUGGAAUGGGCAGUAGCCGCUUUCUCGGGAGUCUUGGGAAGCGCGGGCGACUGGAUUGCAACCACCGGGCACGGUUUUGGGGGCGGAGUAGGCGGGGAAGCUAGGUUGUUUCCUGGCUCUGUCACUGCCACUGGGGUUUGGAGUGGGGGGAGGGGGAGGGAGCAGGGGACUUAUCUGAAGUGCUUCCAUCUUAAAGCCAUAAUGAAAAUUUUGUUUCCUCUGUUCCCAUCCUGUUCAAAAUAUACAAAGUGGUUUUCUCCGCCCCCCUCUGGGUAAAUAGGGUUUGUUUUCCACUUGUGUCCUUAUGUCCUUUUACUGCUUAUUGUUAUAGUUCUAACUUAUUGACUUUGCAUGACCUAGUGGUUUGAAUAGUUUUUAGUUCAAGUCAUUGGUAAAAGCCAGGUUUAAAAAGUUGAGCUACUAUUUAAAGUGAGCUGUCCGGCCUAAUUAAGUUUUGUGAAAAUUAAAUCCAUCUUUUCAGAUUUGAGGGAUUACACAAACUAACUAUGCAUGUAGAGGACAAAAUUUCUUUUCUUUCCUACCCUUGCCCAGUAACCAUAUCUCGGUUACGCUGGCAGCGAAAACUAAGCAAUUCAAACACCUGUGUAUCUCAGUGACAAAUGAUCACUUAGGGCUUCCCCCACUGAGUCUCCAGAUCUAGAGUUGAGCAGAUGUUUUUACUGCAGGUUCACCUUCAAUGCAGAAACUAUUAUCCUGAAGUGACUUUUAUGUCUUAGUGUACUUUAGGAAGUAAUAAAGUAAUUCUACAUUUUCUAACCAGAGCUGAAUCAGUAUGCUUCCAAACAACUGACUGUAAAACACUGGUAGCCAGCUGUUGAAUUCUAUGUGCCCCUAUUUACUUCCAGUAUUUUCCUGCAAAAGUAGAGCAAAAUGUUGAUGACUGUUUCAGAUUCUCUUAGGAGCUCUAAUGUUUGAGGGGCUGGUGGUUCCAGCUGUGUUGUUGGUGGCAGUGUUCUUAGGACAGCCCCCCUCAGUGCUUGCUUCAUCUGGGGUGGGUUUUCUGCAGGAAGAGAGGCACAGAUGACCAGGGCUAGAGAACUAACUAUACUGCUAGCCACUUUAGGGCACCCAAACUUGGGACAAAACACUUCCCACUCCGAACCUCUUGAACAGUUGUGCUAUCUGUGACUAGUUUUAUCUUUGUCCUUUUAAUAGGCUGAGCAGCUUUACCUUGUUUACAAAUGUAUUGACACCGUUUGCUUCAGGCCAAGGAACACUCCUGUUUCCCCCCUUUUUACUAUUUAUAGGAAUCCUUUUUUCACAAAACUUUUAAUAAAAACAAACUGUAGAAAUAAACACAUUAAAAUUUGCCCAGCUGUUGUCUAAGCCCUCUUGAUUGACUUACCCAGGUAGUAAUUGAGUUCUGUAAUAAUAAUAAUUCUGUAAUAAAGAGGGAUUUGCUAUUGGUGAAAAGUGAUGACCCUAUAGGGAAGCAGUAUGUGCCUUUGCCUCUUUGCACACUGAGUUACAGAGGCCCAAAGUGAAGGAAGGUUUGUUCCCAAACUUAGAAUGGAAAAGCAAAUUCUUCAUGAUUUUUCUUAAAAAACAAAAAAGAUGGUACUCAAUAUGAUGUGCCACUGUGCUGUAAAACCUCACAGAGGCAUAAUGCAUUUCUUCCAGGUUGCUAAGUUGUUUUAUGACAGUGUCCCAUUCUGGUGUGAUUUAUUAUACCUUAGGGGGAGUUUGAAGCACUUCUUCAUGCUGUUUUGUUUGAAAUUAAGUUCUAGAUAUGCAAAUGAUGACUUCCUUUAAAAUUGUUCACAAGGGUUUUUUUUUUCAUAACAGUGAUGAAUGUGUAUUAUUAUCAAUUACAUACCUACCUGUUUUGAAUUACAUUGUAGCAAAAAGUUGACCAACUUAUAACAAUUGUUGAUGAUGGAUGAUAUUUAAGUUAUAAUACAACCUGGAGUACAUUAAACUAACCUACAGACUCAUUCUGGCAAUAAGACAGUAAUAAAGGAGGAAUUGUUUUUCCAGACUUCAUUAUGAAAAUUUUUCACAUACAAGCAAGUUGAAUGAAAAGACCAAGGUGCUUUUCAAAAGAGUAGCUGAAAUUAUCGCAGGCCAAAACAGCAAUAUAUAUCUAAUUUAGUUCAGUAAGAACAGUGGAACUUUGGUUCACUAAUAGAUUCUGAGUAAAUUAAUGGUGAAAACAAAAUUAGCUUGUUUUAGUGAGCCAUUGAGGAAAGAAUAUCCUCAACACAAAGACAAAAUAUGCAGAAAAGCCUUGCACCUUUCUGCAUAAACUCUUAGAUAUGAUCAUGUGCUGCUGUUGUGCUUCCUUAUAUUCCUAUAAUAUGUAUGGGUAACAGCUGUGGAAAAAAGUUGUCUUCUCCUACAAAGACUAAUGAGCACAAUGAUACUAAUCAUUUAACUUUUCUGUUGAAUAACAAAUGCAAUAACUGCCUCUCAUUGAUGAAAGUUUGUCUAAUACUUCUAAAGCUUUUUAAUUCUCUGGUUAUAUCAAUUUAGAGUAUUAUAUAUCUGCCUACUACUUUAUGGAAAUUGUUUUUUUUUUUAUUAAGUCUGAAUUGCAUGGAUGGAAUUUACACUAACUGCUGUUUACCAGUGAAAAUGAUGAACCGUUUUUUAAAGUAAUGUGUGUUGGUCAACAGGAGUGGGUUAUCUGACCUUUCAACACUAACAGCCUUUACCUUUUCCCAAAACUGACACCUUUUAUUCCUUCUGCAUUGUCCCCUUGUAGGUGCAUUAGUCUAGGCAUCUCAGGAGGAUUCUCAUCACUGAUCUAUUCCAAAUAGUAGAAUCUUGUGCUCUAGUUCUGCUCACCGAAGAAGCAAUAGUGUGUCUUUAAUUCAGGACUCUGCCCAUUACUAUUCAACUCUAACCUGAAGGCAGGGCCACUCUUGUAACUCUCCUGUUCUGAAUUCAGAACUUCCCAUCACACACAGAAGCUGACCAUUGAUUCUUACAGUACAAUGAGUGUCAAAGAAGGAAAUCAUUUGUUAAGCCCCAUAUAGAUAAUGAAUCUUCUGAUCCAGGGAUAUUUAUAUUUCUAGAUUAAAAUCUGUACUUAUGGAAAAUAAAGGCAUUUUGAAAUUGUUUAGAAGUAACCUUAUUUGAUUAUUGCAAAAUGGAGAAGGAAAAUAUUACUUGCUAUAAUGUCUGUAUUUGAAUUACUGUAAAAGGUUCACAGUCUGUAUGGUAAGAUUAUGUUGCAGUAAAAAACUGGGGGUCUUCUGGAGAUUCUAAAGUCCAAGUAAUAAUAUAAACUGAAUAGUUUAUUUCCCUGUGUGUAAUCUUUGAAACAGCCUGAUUGAAAACACAUCUGAAAUUAUCUAACAUGCAACCAUACUAUUUGCUGCACCAAAAAUACUGCUUUUAUAUUUAACCUAAGGAAAAUAAGCUAGUGCAGAAAAGAAAAACAACUUUCAUUCUUGGAGGAAAGAAUCUUUGGACUUAAAUAUUUUCUUUGCUUUGCUUUUUCUGUAAAACUUGUUUCACUACUUUGGAUUGGCAGCAUUGUAGGCACCUGUGGGGAGGGGACAGUGACCUUUCCUUCCUACCACCACCCCCAAAGUUGUAUUGAAAUGUUAAAAUAUCACUACAACCAUUUUUAAUAUAUACCAAACAAUUUGCCUUAGUUUCAUUAGCAGUUAGGAUAUUGAAAUUAAAUAGCCUGGUUUACAAAUAGUUGGAAACCUAACCUAAAAUUAGUAUACCUAUUUUUAAUGUGUACUGAACCAUCUCAACUGCAUUAUAAUCUUUAAGGAAUUAGUCUCUGGACAUUUAUUUUUAAUAAGAAGUCCCAGUAACAGCUGAAACAUCUAUAAUAUUAUUUAAUAAAGCAUAUUGACUAAAAGA